CACCAAAACAAACAAACAAACAAAAUAUUACCACUUAUCAGCCAAACAACUAAAUAUUAACCCAAUCAUGGCUAGCGAGGUAUUUGAUGAUUUGCUAGUGCUUCAAGAGCUAGACCGUAAAGCAUUCAUGUCCAAGACCAAGGAGUCUGAUAUUGAUUGGACUCCAACCCUUACCAAACUCGUUAACCGAGUCAUAACUCACUAUGAGAAUCAUUACCGAGUCGAGUCCGAUUUAGUCAAGGAUAGUGUACAUGUUCUCCUCUUGUUAUCCCAUGUUUGGCCUUCCUACCUUGAGGACGCCUUCCUUUGGGUUGGCGGGUGGAGGCCUAGUAUGGCCUUCCACUUGCUAGACUUCAACCCCGAGCUGCAGCUCGGGGUUGAAGUCAGCGAGUUGCUCAAGGGGGUGGGUAUGAGGCAGUUUAAAGACAUCUUGCCUAGUCAACUCGUCCUAGUUGACGAGUUGCAAAGGCUAACCAUCAAAGCGGAGACUGAGUUGACUCAGUUUCUUGUAGAGCCGGUCUCUCUAAACGAAAACUCGGUGAUGACCGAGGUGUAUGAUUAUCCGCAUGGAAAUUUAAGGGAGAUAUUUGGCAAGGCGGAUGAUCUCCGGCUUACAACGUUGAAAAAGUUGGUGGAAAUCUUAAGUCCAAUCCAAGCCGUCCAACUUUUUAUUCCUGCUGCUCAGCUCCAUCUCAAGGUUCAUACAUGGGGUAAAAAAAAAGAAGGGGCUCACAAACAUGCACAUGAUAAUCCCGACGAGGGUGGCGCCGGUCGUGGGCGGGAGUCAUUUGGCAGGGUUUUUGAGACAUGGCUCCUCGAGCAACAACAAGACCUCGAGGAGCUCAUGUCAGCCGCCAAGGCCUACACUGAGUCAACUCAGUCCUCAAACGAGUUGACUCAGAAUCUACGAGGACUCGUAGCCAAAGUCAUGUGUCACUAUGAAAGCUACUACCGAGUCAAGUCGGAGUCAGCGAAGCAGAACGUAUUCUGCAUGCUGACUCCUGCAUGGAGGUCUCUCCUAGAGCAUGCCUUCCUUUGGGUGACCGGGUGUAGACCUAGUAAGACGUUCCACCUACUCUACACCAUUGGAGGGUUACAUGUCGAGUAUAAACUCCGUGAGUUACUCAACGGGUCAUUGAAAAUCGCCGAUUUUGGAGGACUAUCACCGAGUCAACUCACCCGAGUCAAUGAGCUGCAAAUGAAUACUAUUAAGGAAGAGAGAGAGUUAACUGAAAAGCUAGCUUCUUUUCAAGAAACCGUGGCUGACUCCUCAAUGGUUGAGCUCUCACGCAAGUCGAAAACCCGAGAGCGAGUUGUGAGUGAGUCAAUUAAGAAGCGAGUUAAGUUGACACUAGAGCCUAAAGACGAUAUGUUAGCCGAGAUAUUUGGGAAGGCUAAUGAUCUACGGAUGAAAACGCUUACAAAAGUGGUGGAAAUAUUAAGUCCAAUCCAAGCCGUUGACUUUUUGAUUGCUGCUGCUGAGCUUCACUUGAGAGUUCAUGAAUGGGGGAAGGACAAAGAUGCUGACCAACAACAACAUUAACCAUGCAUAAUAAUCUAAUAAUUAUAUUCAACUUAACUAAUUUAUGUCAUUCUUUCUCAUUAUAUUAUAAGAUUACAAAUUUUCUACCUGUAAAAAAAAUAUGUAUUUUCUUCGGUACUUAUAUUAGUAUGAAAUUAGUAUAUGACUAUAUAUAUGUAUUUGAGUAAUUGAUUAUCCUAGUCAUAACACAGAAAAAAAAAAAAAAAAAAAGUAAAGUAUAUCGGAGUAGUUAAUUAGUAAUGUAUGGAUUAUAAUCUUCUAGGAUUUGUACUUUUGUCGAAUCUUCAUUUACUUGACUAUUAUGAGUAAGUUUUAAUUUUUUUUAAAUUCAUCGAAAAGGUUAAAUAGUAAAUAAAACUUAACUUGUGAUUCUAUUUUUAUA